AUGGCGGACCGCUAUAUCCCAGAGCAUCGCCGAACCCAGUUCAAGGCCAAGAACACAUUCAAGCCCGAUGAGCUCCGCCGCCGCCGCGAGGAGCAGCAGGUCGAGAUCCGCAAGGCGAAGCGCGAGGAAAACCUAGCCAAGCGACGAGGCAUUGGGUCUGGCGAUAGCCGCCCGGGUGCUGCUCUGGGCGCUGCGCCCGACAGCGACGAUGAGUCCGCCCCUACCGAGUCUCAGUUGAACGAGGAUCUUCCUCAGAUGGUCUCUGGCGUCUUCUCCGACCAGAUCGAUCUCCAAAUCCAAGCCACCACCAAGUUCCGAAAGCUUCUGUCCAAGGAGCGGAACCCUCCCAUCGAGGAGGUCAUCAAGACCGGUGUCGUCAGCCGCUUCGUCGAGUUCCUGCGAUCCCCCCACACCUUGGUGCAGUUCGAGGCUGCUUGGGCCCUGACCAACAUUGCCUCUGGCUCGGCCACCCAAACCCAGGUCGUCAUUGAGGCUGGCGCUGUCCCCAUCUUUGUCGAGCUCCUUGCCAGCCCUGAGCCCGAUGUGCGGGAGCAGGCCGUUUGGGCCCUUGGAAACAUUGCUGGUGACAGCCCCCAUUGCCGCGACUAUGUCCUUAGCUGCGGAGCUCUCAAGCCCCUGCUUAGCUUGCUGGGAGACAGCCGCAAGCUCAGCAUGCUUCGUAACGCGACCUGGACCUUGAGCAACUUUUGCCGUGGCAAGACCCCUCAGCCCGAUUGGAACACUAUUGCUCCGGCCCUUCCCGUCCUUUCCAAGCUUGUGUACUCUCUCGAUGACGAGGUUCUGAUCGAUGCCUGCUGGGCCAUUUCUUACCUGUCCGACGGUUCCAACGAUAAGAUUCAGGCUGUUAUCGAGGCCGGUAUCCCUCGUAGACUUGUUGAGCUUCUUCUUCACGCAUCCACCUCAGUGCAGACUCCUGCCCUUCGAUCUGUUGGCAACAUUGUUACUGGUGACGAUGUCCAGACCCAGGUCAUCAUCAACAGCGGCGCCCUUCCUUGCCUUUUGUCUCUUCUGAGCUCGACCAAGGAUGGUAUUCGCAAGGAAGCCUGCUGGACCAUCUCCAACAUCACUGCCGGAAACUCUUCUCAGAUCCAGGCUGUCAUCGAUGCCAACAUCAUUCCUCCUCUGAUCCACCUUCUGCAGAAUGGCGACCUCAAGACUCGCAAAGAGGCUUGCUGGGCUAUCAGCAACGCCACUUCAGGUGGCCUCCAGAAGCCUGAGCAGAUUCGAUACCUCGUCGCUCAAGGCUGCAUUAAGCCUCUGUGCGAUCUCCUUGCUUGCCCUGACAACAAGAUCAUUCAGGUUGCCCUUGAUGGCCUGGAAAACAUCCUCAAGAUUGGCGACUUGGACAGACAGGCCGCAGGUGAAGGUGCCGACUCGAUCAACCGCUAUGCUCUGUUCAUUGAAGAGUGUGGUGGCAUGGAGAAGAUCCACGAUUGCCAGAACAACGCCAACGAGGAGAUUUACAUGAAGGCGUACAACAUCAUUGAGAAGUACUUCUCUGACGAGGAAGAGAACGCAGAUGAGGGCGCUUCUCAGCCCACCGGCGCCAACGGCACAUUUGGUUUCGGCACCAACGGCGCUGCGCAAGCUGGAGGAUUCAACUUUGCCAAUGGAGGUGAUUCUAUGGAUAUGUAGGAAGAUCUGCGAGCUUUUGGCUUUUGAGAGCUUUCAAGUUGAUGCUCUCAUGCAACCAACCAGCUGAACAUGCCCCGCCUCCCAAAUUGAUUGGCUUCCCCAAGACCAUAACAACUCCCCCCAACGCACUUUUAUUAUUAUUGUCAUGAACACGAGCAAGAGAAUACCCUGUGUUAUAUCCCUGCUCAUAAACCCCAAAACCCUUUGGCAACACUACACUAUUCCCCCGUUUAAUUUGGCUUGGCAAUUUGUGCGAGGAGAGGAAGAAGAUGAAUGAGAGAGGGGCAAGGAACAGAGUAGCCCAACGAAUAGCAGGCCCUAUGGUAGCUUGAAAGCUCCAGCCUGAGAUGACGCUGUGAUGGAAGAAAAGCAAAGAGGAUAGUCUGGAGAAGGAAAUCUUGGGACGAAAACUUUGUGGGUAUGGGCCUGGAUGGCCGUGGUCAAUGAAGAGCGAGCAUCGAGGCCCGCGUGACACCCGAUCAACUACUCUACCUGGCUCUGUCUAGUCUAGUUUAGUGGUCUGUAGGCAUACACCAUGGUUGACGAUGCGGAUACGAAGGCAGUGCCAGUGCAUUGUGCUAUUAUCAAGAGAGGCGUCAACAAAGCAAACUGCUCUGGAUGCAACAAUCAAGUGUUUGUGCAUCUCAUAUCUACAUAUUCAAGUAGUAAAAUAAGAAGCAGAUGAUCCUAUUACUAUCAUA